AUGAAGAAAUCUUGGGCGCUAAUCGAUGCAGCCUCGUGGGGUAUCGGCGCAGCCUUAUUGGUCUUAAUAUUGAUAGGUUCCAUCAGCGCAAACUCUGUAUCGGAGAAAGCAGAUGUGAAAGGGAUGAGCCAACUGUUGAACCGACCUUGUGAUGAAAUCUAUGUGGUAGGAGAAGGGGAGACCCUUCACACAAUCAGCGACAAGUGUGGCGACCCUUUCAUCCUUGAGCGCAACCCUCACAUCAAUGACCCUGAUGAUGUUUUCCCUGGCCUUGUUAUUAAAAUCAUUUCUUCACCUGCUAGAAAACUAUAG